AUGACCUCUCACCAGACACAGGGUCACCACGACCCAAACAGUUGUCCAGAGGUACAACGGAGACUCGGCACCGAAGCCGAAGUCCACGCCAUCCUCCAAGACGCCCAGCAGAUUGCUCUACCACAGCGAGGAGUCUCUGCAUACCUGAACCUCCGCCUCGACGAGCUUCCAAAGUCAGCGGACUUAAUGGUCACUGAUGAUGAAGAGGACCUAGACACCAUCUUCGAAAACGUGUCUCAGUCACGCAUGUACCGUCGGAUGCUGCUUCCAAACAAGCGCGGAUGGGACAUAACAAUACCUGAAGCUCCAGAUCAACUUCGAGCCCAUGUUAAAGUCCUCUUUAAGGCGUUCAAGAGCAUUCCUGACGAGUGCGCUUGUCAAGAAGCGAUCAAACGACCUUUUCGCUCCCAAAUUCACGACAACUAUCUCGUCGAAUGUCUUUGCUGGGAGAUUUUGGAAGCUUGCAUCGAGCGGUCGAAGAAAGAUGCAAAUCUUGUGGAGGCGUGGGAGCCGGGCAAGUUCAGGUACAAGAAAACCAAUGAUUGGACUUUCGAGGAGCGGUUCAACAGCAUCGUCGAGACUAUGGCCACAUCAAAGACCAUCUGCAAGCACCUCUUCGACGUCAAGUACGUGCUGAAAAUUGUCGAUGACCCAAAGACCAAUGCCGAGCGUGUUGAAGCGAAUCGGAAACUCAAUGGCCUCAAGGCCCGAGUCAUGAAGCGAGGCAAGGAAGCAGAGGCCCAAGAUCAGAGGCAAAUCAAGCGUGCCAGAACUGAAGAUGCCGAUGAUGAUGAAGACGGCGAUUUCUCCAGCCCUGUCCGGCCUGAGCCUCAGCGCAGUCAACGUGCGUCAGUCACUGCUGGGCCGGCGAAACAACCAGUCACCACUCCGACACGUCCCUCGAUCCCCAUCCAGCAUCCAGCAUCCGCUCCUGCUACCAUGAAUAUGGCGCCACCAGCCGUGCAUCGAUCGCGUCGUCAACCGAGUCUUCAACCAAGCCCGCUUCCACGGCCUAGCUCCUUUUUUGACAACAGCCCGACUCGGCGCAGCACUCCAUCAGGAAUGUUCGGCAAUAUCCAUCGUCCGUCAGUCUCGCCAGGCUUCGCUAGAGCAAUGCAGGCGGGAUCGCCAAUGCAGCGAAAUGGUAUGCAACCAUAUUCACCAAUGUUCACAGCAGGCUAUGCCACGCCGUCUGAUGCUCGAUUUCAUCCUACUCAGACAACUCCCGGCUCCCGCUCCGCCUCCAGAGCUUCUGCUCAACACACCGAUUCACUGACUCCGAGCGAGCGGGGCUCCUCUCAUAGCUGGCUGGGCCAGCCUGUGCAGGAGAGCUACGGGCUCAACUCUGACUACACCUCUAGGACAUCUUCUACGGUAUCCCACCAAAGUUUUAUGUACUCUGCCAGUGAGCAACCACAGUGGGAUCCCAGUUACAACUAUGCUUUAAAUGGCGGCUUGACUGAUGCAGCAACCACAUUUGGUGAUGACGACGGCUUUAGAGAGAGACCCCAGGAGAACAUGAGCAUGUCUGAACUCCUCGAAAAAGGAGAAGCAGAACAAGCACUGACCCAUGGUGGAUCUACUGAGUCCGAAGAAGGAGAAGACGGAGAUGGAGAGUUCGAAUUCGAGUGA